AUGGAUACCUCUUGUUACACUUGUCGCCGCAGGCGUAUCGAAUGCGAAAUGACGGAGCCUCCUUGCAAAAAAUGUCAAAAGGCUGGACUGGAAUGUUUCCAGAAACGACCUUUCCGAUGGGUCCAGGGUGCAGCCUUUCGGAGUAAGAAGAAAGUUUCUUCGGUCAAGGAUGCAUCCGUUUCUGUUACGAAGUUCAACCUAGACUCGACAAGGAGAGAUGGUUCAACCAAUGCCAAGUCAAAAGCCAAUGAUGAUGCUUCAUUGGAGUAUGGCGAGGAUACCCCUGGACCUCGUAGUCUUGGUGUCGACAAUGUACUAGUAAAUCCGGAUGACCCCUACGCUUCAAGCCUAGACAAGGUUUCUAAAUACUACUUAUACUAUUAUAGCAAAUGCGUAUGCAAGCUGUUCGUUAUGUAUGACAGCAAGAGGAACCCUUUAAGAAAUCUAAUACCCGCUGCCUUGGGUGAUUCAAUCUUAUUGACGUCUAUCAUCGCACUCUCGGCGCGUCAUAUGGCUAAUGGAGGUCAAUCAUUCUAUGAACUUGGAACAUCAACCCUUCCGGCAUUAUCUGACGCACACCACAAUGCUCUUUGGUUCAAAUACAAAGCUAUACAAGAGAUAUCGCAUGCUUUGAGCGAUGAGAAAUUAGACACACAUGAUAUAGUAAUGGCCAGCGCAUUUCUAUUAAUUUUUCUGGACCUCUUGGAGUCUGGAAGCGACAAGUGGAACGUUCACCUAGAAGGCGUCAAGACACUGAUUACUCAGAUUCAACCCAUGGGGUCAGGGACAGGCACCGAGCAGGGUCUUGGGGGGACUGUGGAAGAAAUGCGUAAUUUUAUUAUAAGACAGAUCUAUUUAAUUGACACACUCGGGGCAACAUACACGCGUCCCCGGCUGUUAUCUAACACGACCUCUCUACAGGAGCCAACAACACCCCUCCAAAUGAGUCUUGAUAAAUCCUAUUUAGGUUGUCCUGAGUUUCUUUUAGAUGCUUUGCGGUCAUUUUCAAUCUUUAGGGACAUGCUUGCAGGUUCACAUCCCCUCGAAGAGGAUAGCUUGCAAUCAUAUAUUGAGAAUAUCAGCAUAGUACUUAACCUAACACAAGACUUUGACUGCCGGGCCUGGGCAUCGAACCUACCACAACUAGACACUCAUUCGACACAUGAUACUAACAUGCUGUCAACGUUGGCAGAGGCAUAUAAAGCUGGCACACUCAUAUACGGUAGACGCGUUUCAGAUGCUCUUGUCGGAGAAAUGACACCCCUCGAUAACUUGGUGGGUGAAUUGAUUGCUAUCAUCGAGGUCAUGAGGUGCGACGAGGCCCUAUUCAAAUGUAUACUCUGGCCUAUGUUUGUUGCGGGCUUAGAAUCCCAGCAACAAGACCAGCGAGACUUCGUCGUCAGUUGUCUGGAGAAAUUCUGGUUCGAGACAAAAUGCAUCAAUGUGGUUAACGCUGCAAAUAUCUUGAGAAGGUUCUGGAAGAUGGGUGAUACCCAACAGACAUUGUCUUCGCAGUGGAUAUUCAAUAUCGGGCAGUUGGGACGCGACUGGCUUCUUAUAUAG